UUACAGCGCAGUUCUCCCGCAGAGGCGCAGGAGGGGACCCUGGCAUGCCGAAGCCAGUCCUGUAUUGUGUCUACAGAGCACUUGGGAAGCCAGAAGCCCGAGUAAGCCUGGAGUGACACUGAAAAUGCCUGCGUGCUUCCCUUCGCUCUGGUAUGGAGAGAGCAUAGAGUGGCUCUCCAAUAAAGCAAGGCUGUGUGGAGAAGCAGGAAAAUGCAUUAUCAGAACUUGUUAUUGGUGGGAGUGCUGUUGAUUCCUUGAAUUGUUCUGCAGUGGCUAUUUUUAUGUGAGGGCCAGGUGUGUGUGGCGGGGGGUGUGCAUGAGGUGUGCUUUGGGAACGUACAGAAAGACUCGGGGGGGGGGGGGGGGGGGGGAGAUGGGCAUGAAGUCAAAUGAGGCUGAUACAGAAUUUACUAGCACUGUUCUACAGAAGACCGGGUACUUCAUGCACUGCUGGCAGCAUCAGGUUUUGGACGAAAAAAGGUGCUUGUCCAUCACGUGUUUUAGACUUGUUCUUUUAGCACUGACCCGCUGUAUUGUGAAUGAGGCUUUCAAGAAAGAAGUAAUUUGAGUUGCCAGUUGAAGCAGGGAGAGACCCAGUAAUUACAGAUGGAUUUCCCAAUGUUUAAUUCUUCCUGGACCCUCUGCCUGCUGAUAGGAAACUGGUUUGUCCAAAGUUCCCAAUAGCAUCUUCAACUAUACCUUCCUUUUGUUUUUUACUUACUGUAUUUCUAGGCUGUGGCAUGCACUUCUGUGUAGGUAAGAAGGUACUCUGCGUCUUUGCUAGUUUGAUGUAUUGUUGUGCUUGUUAUCUGAUUAGAAAAUACAGUUACGUUUGCCCUUUGAUUAAGGAUUUUGGGUUACGUUCUCAGUUACUAAGAAUUCAUGGCAGCUGAAAAUCUGUUUUCAACCCACUUUCCUUUAUCCCAUUUAGCUCAUGCCAAACUAUCCGUUCGUGUCUAUGGCAUGGAGCUAAACACAGGAGUCAGUCCCUUAAGAGCGUUAAAACAGACCAGCUUAAUUAGUGUGGCUGUCUACUGUCUCAUUCGGGGAUUUCAUGGAGGACUGUAGAGUUGCUUUUGCUUUCUGGAAGAGUUAACGAAUGUAACUGGUACCUGAAGGAAAUGUCCAGGGAAAGCGGUUGCUGUAGGGAGCUUUCCCUCUUUAAUCAAUGAUGGAAAAGGGAAAGAAGAGCAGCAGCACUGCCGAGUGGAGAUAACUCUUGUCUCGGAUGAACGUUUUGGGCCCUGAUGUGGCUAACUAGCUCUCUAAAGACAAAUGAGUUAAUCUUCUGCCUAGGUUUCACCUUCUACCAGGUACAUAGAGUAGCGCUGAUCUGCUUUAUCAAAUGCUCAAAGGACCAUGAGUAAAAGGUGUAAUGUAGCAUGACGAUUUUGUCUGUGGUUGGCUGUUUUUCUUUGCAUAUAAUAAUAGAAGUGCACUGUGAGUUGCCCCGGACGCAGACUAGCAAACAGUCACGCCAUGCAGUACCGUGGAAGAACGAUCAUACCUUUCUAAUACUUUCUGGUAUUUCAGGAGUUGUGGGGUUGCAUGUUUCCUGCAUUUGUAUUUCUGUUUAUUUUAGUCUCCAGCAGGGACCAAGCGCAUAGACAAUUAAGUUCCGGAUGUGACUGUGGUUUCGUUUUUAAGAGUAGUCAGUACCGCGCGGCACGACUUCCCGCUCACAUACUCUGUGUGCUUUGCGCUGCCCCGCAUGGGGGGCUGCAGCUUCGGCGCAGGACGCUCUGAGCCUGGGGGUCAGUCCCCUCUCCCCAUAAAUUUCAUUGCGCCUGCUGUGAGAAGAUCUUGGAAGAGCUUCUGGAGAAUUGCUGAAGGAGAGAAAGGAUGACAUCUCUUCUGAUGCUAAUGAGCAAAAAUGGCUCUUGAAAGGUCUGGUACUAAACAAGGAAGUAAAAUUUACCAGGAGUGAGAAAAGACAAUGGAUCCAGACUUUUUAAAUGUGUUUACACAGCCUGCUGGACUUAAUCAAUUCCUAGCUGAAAAUGUCAUAGCUCAAGGUGAGAAGAAGAAAAUCAUAAAACCAACCUCAAGAAACAAUCCCAAAUUGGAAGAAUUAAAACUGUUAUUGAUUGACUGGAUUAACACAACUCUGAAAGAGGAACACAUAGUAGUUAAAAGUCUGGAAGAAGAUCUGUAUGAUGGGCUGGUACUUCAUCAUCUUUUGGAAAACCUAGGAUCUCUCAAGUUGGAUGUUGACAAGAUUGCAUUAACAGAAAAAAAGCAGAGACAGAAACUCUCUGUGAUUCUGGAAGCUGUGGCUAAGUGUUUGCAACUGGAAGAAAGUCAGCUGAAAUGGAGUGUGGAAUCUAUCUUGGCAAAGGACUUACUGAGCACACUGCAUCUUCUGGUUGCAAUAGCAAAGCACUUCAAACCCAACCUGGCCAUGCCUCCAAAUGUUCAAGUGGAAACAAUCACCAUUGAGAACACCUCCAGAGGAUUAAAGACGGCAAAUGCGGUGGAAUAUAUCACAGAAAACAAGGAGAAUUUAGAAGCGCAGUCAAAAGAUGAUGCCUUUGAUGAAUUAUUUAGCCGUGCUCCAGAUAAACUGGAUGCUGUAAAAAAGGUAUUUUUGCAAUUUGUCAACCAGCAUGUUGGAAAAUUAGGAUUAAAUGUGAAAGACAUCGCAUCUCAGUUUGCAGAUGGAGUUAUCUUACUGCUGUUAAUUGGACAACUGGAGGGUUACUUUCUGAAUUUAAGGGAUUUCUUCCUGACUCCAGCCAGCACCACGGAGAUGCUUCACAAUGUUAACCUUGCAUUGGACUUGCUGGCAGAUGGAGGUCUCCUGAAUUUUUCUGUGAACUCUGAAGAUAUUGUGAAUGGAGAUAUGAAGACUAUAAUGCGGAUUCUGUAUUGUUUGUAUUCCAAAUACAAGACCAAAGAAACAUGAAGAGCAAGGCCAAGAGCUCAAGAGCUUGGGCUUUUUUUUUUGUUCUGCCUUUUUUUUUUUUUUUUUUUUUUUCCCCCUAGCGUGUCAGGGUCUGAUUUUUGGAUUCCCAGCUCUGUUUGCCACUGUUUGUGUGCACGCACUUGUGUUCGGCACUUGCUGUAUUAACAUUGUAUAUGCAAGUAUGUAUUCAUGCAAGGUUGCACAUACACCGCCUGAAUAACUGUAAGCAUGUGUGUGUCCAGGGCCCGUGUACUGUGUAAUUCUGUGGCUGUAGCUCUUGCUCCAGCCCUGUCUCUUGUUCUCUCUUAGCCCUCCUAAUGAUGUAAAGAAGUGCAAUGUGUGUUUAUUCUGGACUGUGGAUUCUUUGCUUCUGGAGAUGAUUUUGGAAGCUGUUAUUGCAGCCUCCCCACUUCCCUGCUUCUGAUUCAUUCUGAAAACUAGAGAGGUGAAAGACCCAUGACGGCAUCUCUGGGAAGAUUGCAGACACACUCGAAGCUCAAGUUCAGAACCUUCUUUACACAGGUGGCCAGCUGUUGUCACACAAGAGGAUGUGGAUUGGGCACCAAAUGAAUAGGUAGCUGAAAUGAAAUCUGAACUUAUCAAGUGUUUGAUAAAAAUUUCACCAUUUGCCUGCUCGAAUAUGGAAAAGGGACCCAGGAUAACAUGCUGGCGUGAGACUGUGCAGUAACAGAGGCAUCUCCUGCACAGCUGUGGAAAGUCGCCCUUAUUUCCUUGCUAAGCUAUUGCCAAACUGUGGCCAGCUCCAGCCUGCUGCAGCCCUAAUGUAAUGUCUGACUAGCGGGGACGCCGAUUCCUGUGCAGAGCAGGUUAUACGAGCGACCAGGACAGCCACGCUGUCUCUCCGGUGAGAGGUGGAUACGUGCUGCCUUCCUCUGCAGCUGGUAGAAGGGGAGGCCGUCAUGGGCGGGAGCAGCGAAACUCUGAGCUUCUGCCACUUCUGUCGGCAUACUCGUGCUGUGGGCACUCUCAAACUCCUCCGGGGCUCUCUGAGGUGAAUUUGUCCGGUGACCGUCCCCAGGCAUCCCAGCAGCUCCCUCUGGGUGCAGGGGAGGCCAGCCGCAAUUUAUGUUAGCUGUCACCCUCGGUCUUUCUCGGGGGUUUUAAAUCAGAACUCCUUCAAAACCUCCCUAAACUCCCUUGACCUUAAAAUUAUGUCAUAUUUGUGUUGCCUAAGCUUGAGAUCUAAUUAAUAAAAAAAAAAAAGAUGUUUUGAUAUUA